AUGAUAACUCGGGAAACUGAGGAUCCGGGAAGAGCUUACGGAAGGGGCGAGCCGUGUAUCUCGACAUGCAAUCAGAUCUUAUUUCACGUCACGUGUAACCUAUCGACCCAUGUCUGCGAGUGCCUCAAAGACUAUCCCGUGAACGUCAACAAUAAAAAUUGUCGAAAAGCCGUUCGCAACGGAGGGAAAUGCGAGUUCACCGAAGAGUGCAGUUAUUUCGACAAAAACACUGUCUGUACUAACGAUGGCUUAUGUCAGUGCUCUGAAGGCUAUGAUAUAAAAAGUGAGGACAACAAGAAAGAAAACGUAUGCUCAGCCGUGGAUUCGCCAAUGCAUUUGCGUAUAGGGGCCGCAACUUAUGAGUUCUUGAACAAUGCAGAUCUGACCACUUUGUUAAGCCUUAUUAUAAGUCUAUUUCUGCUUAUAUUCCUCUUCUGUUUUGUUAUCAAACUCUUCAAUAAAGCGCGUUUUAGCGAUGGCAGUGAGCGGUGCUAUUCGAGAGCAUCGGUGCCACCGGUUAUAUUGACCGGACACGAGACGAUCGCCGCCUCCCGGAACUCCAGCGCCAGGAGUUGUCAUGAAUACUUACCACCUUCUCGUCGGGCCAGCUAUUCCUUGUUAGCGCCCCCGCCCUCUAACUUAGUGUCUCGACGUCCGAGUAUGUCAUCCAUACGCUCUCAAAGUUCCUUAAGAAGCUAUUCGUCAUUUCGAAGUCAAUCAUCGUUUAGAAACUAUAGGCCAGGGAUUGGCGUUCGCGAGCCCUUCCGCAGAACCACGUCCUCACCGGUCGACUCAAUGCAACAAAUUGUGUCCAAUUCUUCCUUCAAUACCGAACAACCCUUUCGACAAAACCAUUUCAACACUAACUUAAGGAACAAAAGUGAAACAUGUAUUAUUCACGAUUCGUGUGGAAUAAACCCUUCAGUGCCUAACCAUUGAUUCACAUUAUUUUAGUGCAAAACAAAUAACAUUCAAUCGACAAAACAAAGUUCACAAAUGGAUUUCUGGACAAACAUCUCAUCAAUUAUUGGAUUUAUAUUGAAUUAAAUGCAUUAUUUAGACUAAAAAUAUAAAUAAAAUGCAUUAGAAAACACUGUGUGGCAUAUGAUAUGAACAACUUUUAGG